AUGGCUUUUCUUGUCUCCAUUGCAGCAGUGAGUGAAGGACCAACCACCCAGCAGCCACCCAUGUUGCCCCCAGCACAGCCUGAGCAUCCCAGCAGUGAGGAGGCACCAAGCAGAACCAUCCCGACAGCCUGUGUUCGACCAACUCACCCACUCCGCAGCUUUGCUAACCCUUUGCUACCUCCACCAAUGAGUGCAAUAGAACCGAAAGUCCCUUACACACCACUGUUGUCUCAGCCAGGGCCUGCUCUUCCCAAGACUCAUGUUAAAACAGCCUCUCUUGGGUUGGCUGGUAAGGCAAGAUCUCCUUUGCUUCCUGUAUCUGUGCCAACAGCUCCUGAAGUAUCUGAGGAAAGCCACAAAGCAACAGAGGAUCCAGCCAACGUGUAUGAACAGGAUGAUUUGAGUGAACAAAUGGCAAGUUUGGAAGGGCUAAUGAAGCAACUUAAUGCCAUCACAGGCUCGGCCUUUUAA